AUGGGUGACAUCAAGAAAGGGAAGAAGGUGUUUGUCCAGAAGUGUUCCCAGUGUCACACAGUGGAUGAGGGCGGGCGCCACAAGGUGGGACCCAACCUGUGGGGUCUGUUUGGGAGGAAGACAGGACAGGCAUCAGGCUACUCCUAUACACAGGCCAAUAUUGACAAAGGUAUUAUAUGGGAUGAGGAAACUCUGAUGAUUUACCUUCAAAACCCAAAGAAAUAUAUUCCUGGCACCAAGAUGAUCUUCAGUGGGAUCAGAAAGAAAAGGGAAAGACAGGAUAUUAUAGCCUAUUUAAAGGACGCCACCUCCUAAUAGACACACAGAAGACAAAGUAUACAGCUGUGGACAGAAGUAUCAAACAUCUAAGGAAAAAUACAGUGUUUUAUUUGUAUUAGUUUUGAUUUCAUAAUUUACAAUCGCCGUUAAUAUCUGUGUGUCAUGUCACAUUACAACAUGGCUGCCACACUGUUUUUGUGUAUAAGAGGCUGCUUUUAAUUACCAUAUGACUCAGUCUUCC